CCGGCCUUGAGCAAAUGUGGGUGCGUCUCAUACAACGGCUGCCCGAACCCGGCAUGUGCGGUGGGAACACUCGAAUACCCUCUCCGUGCAACCGGGACACGACAUCUCCAGCGCACCCUCGUGGGACGCAGCAGUCGGAGCGAAAGACUCAUGGCUGCACACACACACGAACAUGCGAGGACAGAGGGGUGCGCGAAUCAUGCGCGUGCGGAAUCAAAGGGCAUGUCUAGCUCUUAUCGAUUAGGCAGGAGCCCUGACGUCGUGCCUUCACCGGAUGUACGCCGUAACGCAGUAGCACAAUGGCAAACCCCAUGUUUUCCCCCAUUCCCACCCCAUUGCUGCCUUGCACACAGCCAGCGCAUACAUGACACAGCCUGACUGCCGCCUCUGCUCCCCGGCCUCAUAUACCGCGACGCCCCCGCCAUCCUGCCUCUACCCCACAUCCUCCGCAGAAUGGCGUCUACGGCCCCCCGAAGCGUCGUCCCGCCCACAGACCUCCACACCUUCCAAGCCCACCUGAAUCAGUCGACGCGUAUCCUCGCCCUCGUAGGCGCUGGCCUGUCCGCCUCGUCUGGCCUCCCCACCUUCCGCGGCGCGGGGGGAUUAUGGCGCACACACGAAGCUACGUCCCUUGCGACGCCCGAGGCGUUCGGCAUGAACCCGGGACUGGUGUGGCAGUUCUACAGCUACAGACGACACAUGGCGCUCAAGGCCAAACCGAACCCCGCCCAUUACGCGCUCGCCGAGCUGGCAAGGCGGAAACCGGGCUUCGUCACGCUGAGCCAAAACGUCGACGGCCUCUCCCCCCGCGCCCAGCACCCCGCAGCCCAACUCAAGCUCCUGCACGGCUCGCUCUUCGACGUAAAAUGCUCAGAUUUCUUCUGCACCCACAUCGAGCGAAACAACUACACAGACCCGAUUGUGCCCGCGCUGGCCAUUCCCACCGACGACUCCGACCCCACCACAACCACCGCCCUCGCAGCAGCAGCGCGCGAACUCGACAUUUCCGACGCCGACGUCGCCCUGCCUGAGAUCGACCACGACCACCUCCCCCAAUGCCCGGCGUGCAAGCGCGGCCUCCAGCGCCCGGGCGUGGUGUGGUUCGGCGAGCGCCUGCCCGUCGACGUGCUGGAUGAGAUUGACGCGUAUAUGGCGGCGCCGGGCAAGAUCGACCUCAUCAUGGUGAUUGGGACGAGCGCGAAAGUGUAUCCCGCGGCGGGGUAUGUGGACGAGGCGCGGAGCAAGGGCGCGAAAGUCGCGAUAAUAAAUAUGGAUGCGAAUGAUGUGCCUGCUGGCGGGCUGUACGAGGGGGAUUGGUUCUUCCAGGGCGAUGCGGCGCAGAUUCUGCCGCAGAUUUUGAAGAGCGUUAUUGGUGAGAUGGAUGUUGAUGCGCUGCCUGAUGCUGCGGAGGGGGCGUGAAUAUCGAGUAUCAAAUUAUCCGAAUCAAGCUACUCUAAUAAGUCAGAUGUGUGCAGCACAGGCGGGUGGAAGCUGAGUUGUAUUGACCCUAUGUCUACAAUCAUCAAGAAACAGAUCAAGU